AUGCUUCUGUUUUUCCUCAUCAUCAUAUUCUGUACCAGAGUAUCUGUGAACCAGGAUGCUGGUCCUGAGUUUGCUGAUGUUGUAUUCCUAGUGGAUAGCUCUGACUAUAUGGGGAGCAAGUCCUUUCCCUUUGUGAGAACUUUUCUAAGCAAAACGAUCAACAGUCUGCCAGUGGAGGCCAAAAAAUUCCGUAUUGCCCUUGCCCAGUAUAGCGAUGAUCUACACCAGGAGUUCCUGCUGAGCCCCUUCAUGGCCAAAAAUGCCAUAUUGAACCACCUCAAGAGGAACUUCACCUACAUGGGGGGAUCUUUGCAAAUAGGCAAUGCUCUUGAGAAGGUCCACAAGACCUACUUCUCAGGCCCAAUGAAUGGAAGAGACAAGAACCAGUUUCCGCAGGUUCUGGUAGUCUUGGCUUCAGCCCACUCAGAGGAUGAUGUGGAAGGGCCAGCAAAGGCUUUGCAGAGAGACGGGGUGAAAAUCAUCACUUUAGGGAUGCAAAAUGCUUCAGAAGAAAAUCUAAAAACGAUGGCUACGUCUCAGUUUCAUUACAACCUUAGAACAGUGAGAGAUGUGGCCACAUUUUCUACCAAUAUGACCAGCAUCAUUAAGGAGGUGGCAAAGUAUAAGGCAGGAGCAGAUGAUGCUGAUGUGGAAGAAGUUUGUCACGGCACUUCUGUGGCUGAUGUCGUAUUCCUCCUGGACGAAUAUGUCAACGACACCCAGGAAAACUUGGAGUAUCUUAAAGGAUUCCUGGAAGAGAGCGUGUCUUCUUUCGAUGUGAAAGAGAACUGCAUGAGGAUUGGCCUGGUGACCUACACCAAUGAGACAAAGGUGAUACGUUCCCUGAGCACCGGGACCAACAAGUCAGAGAUUCUACAAGAGAUACAGAACCUGUCUCCCAGGGUUGGGAGAGCCUACACCGGAGCUGCCAUCACAAAGCUCAGGAAGGAAGUCUUCAGUGUCCAGAAAGGCAGCCGGAGGAUGCAGGGGGUCCCCCAGAUAGCCAUUCUGGUUGCUCACAGACCCUCAGAAGAUAACGUCUCUGAAGCUGCUCUUGACCUUCGGCGUGAGGGUGUGACUGUGUUCACCGUGGGCUUGGAGGGCUCUGAUGAUACCCAGUUAGGACAGAUAUCAUCUCACCCUCCAGAAAAGUAUCUUUCCAAACUGAAAACAUUUUCAGACCUGGCAGCCCAUAAUCAGACAUUUCAAAAGAAACUCAGAGGUGAAAUACAGCAUAAGGUAUCCAUCCUAUCAGAACAGACUGAACACCUCAAAGCUGGUUGUGUAGAAACUGAAGAAGCUGACAUCUAUUUCCUCAUCGAUGGCUCAGGAAGUAUCUACCCAACAGACUUCCAGGAAAUGAAGGCAUUUCUGUCAGAAAUAGUAGAAAUGUUCAACAUAGCACCCUAUAAAGUCAGAGUUGGAGCUGUUCAGUAUUCACACAGUCAGGAACUGGAAUUCGAGAUUAACAAAUACUCAAACAAAAAUGAUUUGAGAAAAGCUAUUGACAACAUCUGGCAGAUGGGCGGCAACACCAAUACCGGUGCAGCCCUGGAUUUCACUCUUGGGCUUCUACAAAGAGCAAAGAGACAGAGAGGGAACAAAGUGCCCUGUCACUUGAUUGUCCUGACAGAUGGAAUGUCGGAUGACAGUGUCUUGGAGCCUGCCAAAAAACUUAAGGAAGAACACAUCAAUGUGUAUGCCAUUGGCGUCAAGGAUGCAAACCGAACCCAGUUGCUAGAAAUUGCGGGAACUGAAAAGAGAGUUUACUAUGUAUAUAACUUUGAUUCUUUGAAAGACAUAAAAAAUCAAGUUGUUCAAGGAAUCUGUUCCAAAGAAGCUUGUAAAGACGUGAAAGCUGAUGUCAUGUUCCUGGUGGAUAGUUCUAGAAGCAUAGGACUUGAAAAUUUCGGGAAAAUGAAGGCAUUUAUGAAAAACCUAGUGAACAAGUCUCAGAUUGGAGAAGACCAAGUACAGGUUGGCAUCGUCCAAUUCAGUGACAUGAACAAAGAAGAAUUUCAGCUCGAUAGAUAUCGGACCCAACGUGAAAUUUCUGAAGCAAUAGACAGAAUGUCUCACAUAGACAGGGAGACCCUGACGGGAAGCGCCCUGAAAUUUGUGUCCGACUACUUCCAUCCCUCCAAGGGGGCACGUCCCAAUGUCAGAAAGUUCCUCAUCCUCAUCACAGAUGGAGAAUCACAGGAUCCCGUCAAGGACCCAGCUAUGGCUCUUCGGCAAGAUGGCGUAAUUAUCUACUCUGUGGGCGUAUAUGGCGCCAAUGAAACCCAGCUUGUGGAAAUCAGUGGGAGACCCGAAAUGGUUUUUUAUGUUGAGACUUUCGAUAUUCUUAAGCACAUAGAAGAUGACCUCAUUUUUGGCAUAUGUAACCCCCGGGAAGAAUGUAAACAAAUAGAAGUUUUAGAUGUAGUGUUCAUCAUCGAUAGCUCUGGCAGUAUAGACCAUGAUGAAUACAACAUUAUGAAAGAGUUCAUGAUCAAGCUGGUGAAAAAAGCCGACGUUGGCCAGAAUCGAGUUCGGUUUGGAGCCUUAAAAUACUCCGACGAUCCCGAGAUUCUUUUUUAUCUCGAUGAGCAUGACACCAAGUCCAAAGUGAUUUCAGUUCUCCAGAACGAUUACCCUAAAGGAGGAAAUACGUACACGGCUGAAGCCCUCGCCUUCUCGGACCACAUGUUCACUGAGGCACGGGGCAGCCGCAUCCACCAAAAAGUGCCCCAGGUCCUCAUCGUGAUCACAGAUGGCGAAUCCCAUGAUGCCAACCUACUCAAUGCCACGGCCAAGGCUUUAAGGGACAAAGGCAUUCUCAUCCUGGCGGUGGGAAUUGCAGGAGCGAAUACUGAAGAACUUUUGGCAAUGGCUGGGUCGACUGACAAGUAUUUCUUUGUGGAAACCUUUGGGGGCCUGAAGGGAAUCUUCAGAAAUGUGUCAGACAGUAUUUGUGGUCCUUCCAAAGUGGAAUGCCUUCUGGAGAAGGCAGAUCUUGUUUUCCUCAUCGAUGGUUCUAACAGCAUACAUCCAGAAGACUUCAAGAAGAUGAAGGAUUUUCUAGUGUCAGUAGUGGAUGACUUUGACAUCGGACCUAGCAAAGUACAUGUCGGACUGGCUCAGUUCAGUCAUAUCUACCAGUCUGAGUUUUUCCUGGGGUCAUUCACCAGUGAGGGGGAAGUUUCCACUCGAAUCGAAAUGACUCAACAGGUCUUUGGAAAUACCCACAUUGGCGCUGCGCUGAGACAAGUGGAGCAAUAUUUCCGACCAGAGAUGGGCAGCAGAAUAAAUGUGGGCACCCAGCAAGUUUUAUUGGUCCUCACUGAUGGCCAGUCCCAAGAUGAGGUGGCCAAGGCUGCCGAAGACAUAAGAAGGAAAGGAAUUGACAUAUAUUCUUUGGGCAUUGGCGACGUGGAUGAGCAGCAACUCAUUCAGAUAACUGGAACAUCGGACAAAAAACUAACAAUUGAUAACUUUGAUGAGCUGAAAAAGAUCAAAAAAAGAAUAGUGCGCAAUAUCUGCACACCACGUGGUAGAAGCAGGCUCAACGCUCUGAUAACCAUUGCACUGGAAGAAACUUUGGAUACAGAUGAUCUCGCUGACCUCCCGUACAUUGAAUUUGGGAAAGGAUUUGAUUAUAAGACUCAGUUAACAAUUGGAAUGAGAGAUUUGGGAAGCAAACUCUCAGAAUAUCUGGCUAAUGUUGCCGAAAGAACAUGCUGCUGCCUGCUUUGCAAGUGUGCUGGGGCAGAUGGUGCCAUUGGAGAACCGGGAACGCCUGGGAAAAAGGGCCCUCCAGGUUUUAAAGGAAGUGAAGGCUAUCUAGGAGAAGAAGGUGCUUCUGGAGAAAGAGGAUCACCUGGACCAAUGGGACAAGGAGGCGUUAAAGGAUGCUAUGGGAGCAGAGGUCUCAAGGGAAACAGGGGGCUGAAUGGAGAGGAGGGAGAAGUUGGGGAACUUGGGAUUGAUGGAAUAAAUGGAGAACAGGGUGAUGGCGGCCUUUCUGGAACAAAAGGAGAAAAAGGAGACGAAGGUUCCCAGGGCAACCCUGGGAAGAAAGGACCACCGGGUGAUAGCGGCAGAAGGGGAUUGCGAGGGGAUCCCGGCAACCCUGGAUCAGACAAUAACAGAGACGGACCCAAGGGCUCAAAAGGAGAAAGGGGGAAACAAGGUACAAGAGGACAAAUGGGAAUACCAGGGUCUCCAGGCUCCCGAGGAAACACACCAAGGCAUGGCCGAAGAGGACCGACAGGCCCACAGGGAAUAAAUGGAGCUUCUGGCAUGGAUGGCCAUGAUGGACCAAUGGGAUUAAAGGGACCCCAGGGCCCAAGAGGAGAUGCUGGCAUGAAAGGAGAAGAAGGAAAUCUUGGAAGUAAAGGUCCCCAGGGGCCUCCAGGACCAAAUGGUGUCAAAGGGAGUCCUGGCAGCUUGGGGAUCAGAGGAAAUAAAGGAGAGCUGGGCCCUCCAGGAGAGAAAGGAGCACCUGGAUUAUCUGGUUAUCGUGGAAUGCCGGGAGAAGAUGGACGUGCGGGAUAUGGUAGAAAUGGAGAAAAAGGAGAAAAGGGACAAAGAGGAUUCCCAGGAGAUAGUGGACCAAAGGGGGAAGCUGGUGAUCCCGGCAGUCCAGGAGAAGUUGGGCCAAAGGGGUAUAGAGGGAGAACGAGCCCUGCAGGACCCCCUGGAGAACCAGGAUCUCCCGGAUCCCAAGGACCUCCAGGUCAGAAGGGUCCAAAAGGAGCAAAGGGAUGGACCUCCUUUUCAACCUGUGACAUCAUUCAGUUUGUACGGGACCACAGCCCUGGCUGGCAGGGAAAGCCACAAUGUCCUGUUCAUCCAACUGAAUUAGUAUUUGCUUUGGAUCUAUCCAGAGAGGUCACAGAGGAGGCAUUUGAGCGAAUGAAGGAGAUGACUAUUUCAAUUGUGGAUGACCUCAAGAUCAGGGAAAACAACUGCCCAGUGGGAGCAAGAGUUGCUGUUGUCUCCUAUAAUUCCAACACCCGGCAUCUCCUCCGUCUGUCCGACUCCCAUAGCAAGAGCCAGCUGCUCAGCGCGAUUAAAGCUCUCCGUUUUGAGACAUCCUCAGGGGACCGGGAGAUUGGCAAGACAAUGAGGUUUGUGGCCAGGAAUGUCUUCAAGAGAACCCUCCCAGGGGUCAAUACAAGGAGGAUUGCCACAAUUUUCAGUGAUGGCCAGUCCACCGAUGCAUCCUCCAUUGUUACUGCUACCAUGGAGUUCAAUGCUCUGGAUGUCAUUCCAGUCGUGAUUGCUUUUAACAACGUGCCUGCCGUCAAGCGUGCCUUUGCGAUCGAUGACACGGGGGCAUUUCAGGUGUUAACUAUUCCGCCGAGGGCUGACUACAAGCCAGUGUUGAAAAGACUCCAGCAGUGUACAUUCUGCUACGACAGAUGCAAGCCUGAUGUUUCUUGUGAACAGGCUAAACCACCAGCAGCGCCAUCAUACAUAGACGCAGCCUUCCUCUUCCAAGGCUCCCGAGAGGUGGGGGGUGCCGAGUUUGAGGAUGUGAAAGUUUUCCUGCAAGCACUGCUGGAUAACUUUGAGGUUGCCACUGAGCCCGAGACGUCCGCCGUUGGGGACAGAGUUGCCCUACUGAGCCACGCUCCUCCGGGUUUCGUGCCCAAUACUCAAUCAAGCCCAGUUAGGAUGGAGUUUAAUUUCACCACCUACAAUAAUAAACACCUAAUGAAGAGACAUGUUGAAGAAUCAGUUCAGCAGCUCAAUGGGGAAGCUUUCUUGGGUCAUGCCCUGCAAUGGACGGUGGACAAUAUCUUCUCAGGGACACCCAACGUGAGAAAAAACCGAGUCAUUUUUGUGGUCUCCACUGGAGAAACAAAUUAUUUGGACAGGAAAGUCUUGAAGAAAGAAUCUCUGCGGGCCAAAUGUCAAGGCUUUGCCAUAUUUGUGUUUUCUUUUGGCUUCACACACAAUGACGAGGAGCUAGAAGAAUUAGCCAGCCACCCCCUCGAUCACCACUUGGUCCAACUUGGCCGAAUUCACAAAGCAGACCACAGAUAUGGCGUGAAGUUUGUGAAAUCUUUUAUAAACUCAGUCAGGCGUGCCAUCAACAAAUAUCCACCAAUAAACUUCAAAGCAAAAUGCAGUAAACUCAACUCUCCAGAUCCAAAGCAGCUAUCAAGACCACAAUACCCCAUCCUGGCUCGUUCUGGACCCUUUGAAGCGAAGUUUCUAUCCAAAAAACCUCUCUCAAGAGUCGUACGGGGUAGUGCUGUUUGGAACCCCAAAAAGUUUAUGGGGAAUAAAUCCCAUCCCCUUAAAGCUAGAAGCAAGGCGCCCCCCUUUGUUCCCAAGACUCGUCUUUAAGAAGCUGCCAAGGGCAACAUCAGUCAGUGUUGGGUAAUGGUGUGGCAGAUCGUGUUUACAGGGCCAACUGGAGAAACAGAAGUGACUUCAUGUUUGCGUGGGGAUGCGUUGCCUGAAUUUGAUGAAUGAUUACCGAGUGAUGCUGACCAUGGCGUACUGCUGACCCGUCUCAUCUGUACACUGUAUGGUAGCGUUUAGGUCGCUAGAAGCCAGACCAUUUCUAGAAUCUAAGACCAAAGUUUCUAAUACCGUGAUAAAGUGGAAGAUCAAACAAUCAAAGGUGCUGUUUUGAGGUCUUAUUUAAGUAUAUUGAAAAGUCUGAUGCCUACAGAUUGUAGAAUGGGAGCCGUGUACGGCGUAUAGGAUGUAUCUACGUGUGUUCGUGGCAGUGGUGUUAGUCUUUUACAAACUACACACUCCAGUCUGAUUUAUAUAACCCAGCUUGCCUUCUCCACUUAAAACUAUUUCAUGCUCAAAAAUGCAUUUUGCUGUUGUUGGUGCUUUCCACACCAUCUGUCUUUUCCCUUACGCACCCAGUACCAGUGGUCCUUGUCCAGCAGCACCAGCAGCAUUUUCUUUCUGAAGACUUUCUCAGAAAACCAACAAAUUUAAGUCUUUUUUUCCCCUGCCUUUUCACCUGGAUUCAUGUCAUUUACUGACUCCAGAGAUCAGGAUGUGCUUCACCUUGGCCUUCCCUUUGGUUUAUUCCCAUUCAUCAACCCAAGUGGGUGUGGGCAGUCUAUAACACAUGAGCCAGAUUUCUUCUCCACACCUCGUCCUUUCACCUGCAAGAGGAGCCCCGCCACACCACAAGUUCUGCCCAUCUCACUCAGGCAAAACUACAGACCCAGCUUCUGCAGACUUGAGGGGACCAAGAGCUCCAAGGAGUUUUAUGUAAUAUUCAUACUCGGGUGUUAAAGGGGAAAAGACAAAUUAAAUGCAUUGGAAAGCAUAUCUCUAGUCAUUCUGGUUUAUUGGGUUGGUUUUUC